AUGUCGCAUCUAGCCCAGGCAGAAGGGUACGAAGAGGAACAAACAGAAGAUGAAGAUGCAUUUGAGAGCAGGAACGGGAGAGGCAAGGCCGUGGUAAGCACCGAUGAUUACAUUAAGAGAAUUGUCGGGACGCCUGCCGGAACUGAUUCCGAUUCUGAUGUCGAGAUCACAGAUAUCAGACCAUCGAAUUUGAGUAAAGGGAAGAGGAAGGUCGGAGAGAAAGUCCAGUGGUCAGACGACGAGAGCGAUAACGCGUAUGAGAAAUUCAAGAACAGGAAGGCGACGAAGAGGAAGAAAAUCGCCGCUACGAACAAAAAGAUAAAGGCCAAAGCCAAAGAUGCUGCGACGGGUACGAAGAAAGCCAAAGCCAAUGGCGAACCGGUCAAGAAGAAGGAGAGAAUGUGGGGAGACGAGUCGGAUGACGGGAUGAUGGACGAUAAUGUCCCACUUUAUAUCAUUAAUCGACGGAAAGAUUUCGAUCAUAAGCACGAGCAAUUAGCUGCGGCUGGUCUCCAGCUUCCUCCCAACUACGAAGACGUCUAUUUCUCCGACGACGAAAGGCUUGUAGAUCUCCAAGAACGACCUGAUUUUCCAGAGACUGUAGAGCAAUCUCAGCUAUACAAAGAUAUCGAGCUUCCGCAUUCCCUCGGUAUCAUCCCUGCUUCCAUCGCACAGUAUUUGAGAGGCUAUCAGGUAGAAGGCGUGGCGUUUCUCCACGAGCUGUUUGUCUAUCAAAAGGGCGGCAUACUCGGCGACGAUAUGGGAUUAGGUAAAACUGUGCAAGUUGCUGCAUUCCUGACAGCGGCGUUUGGAAAGAGCGGUGAUGAAAGAGACGCAAAGCGAAUGCGCAAAAUGAGAAGAGCGCCGAGCAAGCCUUGGUACCCACGAGUCCUAAUUGUCUGUCCGGGGUCCCUAAUACAGAAUUGGAAGAACGAGUUAGAGCGUUGGGGAUGGUGGCACGUCGACAAGUUUCAUGGUGAUGUCCGAGAAAAGACCGCUGUGCUGGAAAGUGCGAAGUCUGGCCGGCUAGAAAUCAUCAUCACUACCUAUACAACCUACAAGAACCACAAGGAUGAGAUCAACACGAUCAAAUGGGACUGUGUAGUUGCGGAUGAAUGUCAUCAACUUAAAGAGCGGUCAUCGCAGAUUACUCAGGCGAUGGAUGAGGUCAAUGCCCUAUGUAGAAUUGGACUUACAGGUACUGCUAUUCAAAACAAGUAUGAGGAGCUUUGGACUCUACUAAACUGGACAAAUCCUGGACGAUUUGGCCCCUUAUCGACUUGGAAAUCAAGUAUUAGUGAGCCUCUCAGAACGGGACAAUCUCAUGAUGCCACAUAUCACCAGUUGAAGAAUGCAAGAGAAACUGCGAAGAGGCUCGUUAAUAAUCUUCUCCCCCAGUUCUUUCUGCGGCGUAUGAAAAGUCUUAUUGCUCACCAGCUUCCAAAAAAAACCGAUAAAGUCGUAUUUUGCCCGCUCACUGAACUACAAGAGAGCGCCUAUGAGCAAUUUCUUGGGAGCGAUGCCGUCCAAUGUGUCAAAAACUCUACUGAGCCGUGUGAAUGUGGUUCGGGAAAGAAAGCUGGGUGGUGCUGUAAUGUUUAUGUCCCUGACUCUAACACAAAGUGGCAGUCUUUAGUCUUUCCCGUAAUCACAACACUCCAAAAGCUAUCAAAUCAUCUUGCUCUCCUCAUUCCGAAUUCAGGAGAUCAAAGUGACAAACAGCAACGUGACUUGGAUUUUCUUCAGCAGAUGGUUCCGGAUCGCUGGAGGGAGCUUUAUGCAAACAGGGACUCGUUAUCCAACCUUUCGAAUCCAGAUUUCUGUGGCAAGUGGAGAAUUCUGAAGAAACUCCUGAAAUUCUGGCAUGAGAAUGGCGACAAAGUUCUCAUAUUUUCUCACAGUGUCAAGUUGCUCAAGAUGCUGCAGCAUUUAUUCAACAACACAAGCUACAACGUCAGCUUCCUCAGCGGUUCAAUGCCAAACGAAGACCGCCAGACCACCGUUGAUGAUUUCAACACCGAUCCACGACAAUUUGUGUUCCUGAUCUCAACUAAAGCAGGAGGUGUCGGUCUGAACAUUACGAGUGCGAACAAAGUAGUCAUCUUCGAUCCUAAUUGGAACCCAAGUUACGACCUCCAAGCUCAAGAUCGCGCAUACCGUAUAGGUCAGCUUCGGGAUGUUGAGGUUUUCAGGUUGGUGUCCGCAGGCACCGUUGAAGAGAUCGUAUACGCCCGUCAAAUAUACAAACAGCAGCAAGCCAACAUUGGAUACAAUGCGUCCACGGAACGUCGAUAUUUCAAAGGCGUCCAGCAUGCCAAGCAGCAAAAAGGCGAGAUAUUCGGUCUAGACAAUUUACUUACCUUCCACGCGGACAAUAUCGUUCUCCGCGACAUUGUCAACAAAACUAAUGUAGCAGAAGCAAAGCGCGGUGUGGAUAUCCUUGAGAUGAAUAUGGACGAUGCUGCAAAUGACGAAGACAAUCCGCUGAAAGUCGAUGAUGAUGACAACGGCAAUGGAGCUAUGAGCCAACUCGUUGCCCUGAUCGAAAAGGGAGAGGAUCUCAAGAAGAAGAAAGUAAAAUCCAAACCAAAAACAAACACUAUACAAGGCAUCUUAGCUGCCGCAGGUGUCCAAUAUACACACGAGAACUCCGAAGUCGUAGGAUCAUCGAAAGUCGAAGCAGAGCUUAGUCGCCGCGCUCAAGAAACAGGUAAUGAUGUCGAUUAUGGCGAAGAGAGGCUUUUUGCCGAAUCACAGUCUUUUUCAUCAGAUCCGGGUAGGAUCCAGUACCAGUACCACCCACCGAACGAUGUGAUGAUGAGACAAUUCUGUACCAUGGCGAAGACGUUUGGCUUUGCUAGUGCAACGGAAUUUGCGCUUAUUGUUGAGGGGUGGACGCAAAAGCAGAGGACGGACUGUCUGGAGAGGUUCUAUUUGAAGAGGAAGGAGAGGAUGGCCGAUUUAGAAGCUGGUAAUCAGCCUGAGAUGGUGUAUCCUUCUGAGGCGAGAACUCAGAACAGGGCUGGACUUGAUGAUGAAACGGAUGAUGAUAUGGUUAAUGAUAUGGUCGAUAAUGUUCCUGCAGAUGACAUAGGAGCAGAAAACCAAGCAGAUGAGGAUUUGCUGGCUGAUAUUCUCGAAGAACCUCACAUAGGUCGGGGGACGGAUAAGUUGUCGCGAUCCGAGAGAACUGGAGCCGGGGGUCUGAUUAGGGACGAUGAAGAAACGGACGAUGAUGAUGUUGACGAGCUAUAG